GUCUUGCCGCUUGUCUUGGAACGGUUUUGCUACUUCUCGUUGGAUUUUUGGGUUACAGAAAGCGGAAAAAAUGGAGUGACAGUAAGCUCAAGCGUAAGAAUUACGAACGGCACGGAGGAUUAUUGUUGGAACAGCAAUUGUUGUUUGGUGAUGUUAAUGUUGAGAGAAUUAAGGUGUUUGAGUCAAAAGAGUUAGAGAAGUCCACAAACAAUUACAGUCGAGAUAGAAUUCUCGGUAAGGGAGGUCAAGGGACUGUCUACAAAGGAAUGUUAGCAGAUGGAAGAAUCGUUGCUGUAAAAAGGUCCAACAUAGUUGAUGAAGGCGAAGUUGGACAAUUCAUUAAUGAAAUUGUCAUUCUUUCACAAUAUAUUCAGCAUCACAAUGAGGAGUUUCCUCUUACGUGGGAAGUACGCUUACGAGUUGCCAUAGAAGUUGCAGGAGCUAUUUCAUACUUGCACUCAUCAGCUUCCUCUCCCAUCUACCAUCGUGACAUUAAGUCUUCAAACAUACUCCUGGACG